ACCCACAUCAACUAAAAAGCUUUCUUUUAGAAUUUCGAAUUGGGUCUUCUUGAUUUUCCUUUUCCAUUCCUUUGUUUCUUUUUCUUCCUCUGUUCAUGGCUCCCCCAAAUGAUCCUGCCAACCCUAAUUUCGAUAUUUUAAGAACUCAAAGUUCUGAAAAAUACUUCGAUUUGUCCGAUGGGAAGUUCAGUCUCAAAGGUGUCACUUUGCUGUCCGAAGUUCCUAGCAAUGUCUCAUUCAGUAGAUUUUCUCCUGUCCCCAAUUCCUCUGAUGCUCCACUUCCCCUGUUUCAGCAUGUCCAGUCAUUUUCCCACAAAGGUGGAUUCCUAGGAUUCAAAACUGAGCAACCAUCAGACAGAAUCAUGAACUCCUUGGGAAAAUUCACUGGCAGGAAUUUUCUAAGCGUCUUUAGAUUUAAAACAUGGUGGUCUACCAUGUGGGUAGGAAAUUCUGGUUCGGAUUUACAAAUGGAAACCCAAUGGGUUCUCUUGGACGUCCCUGAAACAAGAUCCUAUGUCCUGAUCAUACCAUCAAUUGAAGAAAAAUUCAGGUCAGCUCUUCAUCCGGGAAGUGAUGGGCAUCUCAUGAUUUGUGCAGAAAGUGGCUCUACCCAAGUGAAAUCAUCAUCUUUUGAUUCCAUUGCUUAUGUUCAUGUGUCCAAUAAUCCCUACAAUUUGAUGAAAGAAGCUUAUAGCUCCCUCAGGGUUCAUCUCAACACCUUCAGGCUUAGAGAAGAGAAACCAAUCCCUCCUCUUGUUGACAAGUUCGGUUGGUGCACUUGGGAUGCUUUCUACUUGGCUGUAGAACCCGCCGGAAUCUGGCACGGACUCGAUGAAUUCGUGGGCGGCGGUGUGCAGCCCAGGUUUCUCAUCAUAGAUGAUGGGUGGCAGAGCAUCAACAUGGACGGUGACAACCCGAAUGAAGACACAAAAAAUCUCGUUUUGGGGGGCACUCAGAUGACCGCUAGGAUUCACCGGUUCGAGGAAUGUGAUAAGUUCAGAAUGUACAAAAGUGGACAGAUGCUGAGUCCUAAUGCUCCUUCCUUUGAUCCAAAGAGGCCAAAGAUGCUAAUUGCAAAAGCCAUCGAAGUCGAGCAUGCAGAGAAGGCUCGGGACAAGGCAAUUCAAUUGGGCAUCACUGACUUGUCUCCGUUCGAAUCGCAGAUUCAGAAGUUGAAGCAGGAGCUGAACGAGAUGGAUGGUACAGGGGAGGAAGUUUCUUUCAGCAAAUCAUGUGGAAGCUGUUCUUGUAAAGAAGCUGUUGCUGGUACUGGUAGUGGUGGACUGAAGGCUUUUACUCAGGAUUUGAGAACAAAAUUCAAAGGUUUGGAUGAUAUUUAUGUGUGGCAUGCUCUUUGCGGUGCUUGGGGCGGCGUUAGGCCGGGGGCCGCUCAUCUCGAUGCGAAGGUAGUCCCUUGUAAACUCUCUCCGGGACUCGAUGGGACAAUGAGCGAUCUUGCAGUGGUGAAAAUUGUUGAGGGUGGCAUUGGGCUUGUUCAUCCGGACCAAGCAGUCGAGUUCUAUGAUUCAAUGCACUCCUAUCUAUCCGAAGUUGGAGUUACAGGGGUUAAAGUUGAUGUCAUUCAUACACUUGAAUAUGUGAGUGAGGAAUAUGGAGGCCGGGUCGAGCUCGCAAAGAAGUAUUACAAGGGGCUGACGAAAUCGCUGCAGAAGAACUUCAAUGGGAGUGGACUCCUUUCUAGUAUGCAGCAGUGCAAUGACUUCUUCUUCCUCGGGACAUCACAGAUAUCCUUCGGAAGAGCCGGUGAUGAUUUCUGGUUUCAAGAUCCAAAUGGGGAUCCAAUGGGGGUUUAUUGGUUGCAAGGUGUUCAUAUGAUCCAUUGUGCAUACAACAGCUUGUGGAUGGGUCAGAUGCUACAACCAGAUUGGGACAUGUUCCAAUCUGAUCAUCUGUGCGCAAAAUUCCAUGCUGGCUCUAGGGCAAUUUGUGGCGGACCGGUGUAUGUUAGCGACUCGGUUGGAGGCCACAAUUUCGAUCUUAUAAAGAAGCUCGUCUUCCCGGACGGUACCAUUCCUAAGUGCCAGCAUUUUGCCCUCCCCACAAGAGAUUGCCUCUUCGCUAAUCCCCUUUUUGACAGCAAAACAGUUCUCAAGAUUUGGAACUUAAACAAGUAUGGAGGCGUGAUCGGAGCAUUCAACUGCCAAGGAGCGGGCUGGGACCCAAAGGAGCAGAGGAUCAAGGGCUACUCAGAGUGCUACAAGCCAAUGUCGGGUUCAAUCCAUGUGAAGGACAUCGAAUGGGACCAAAAGGAUGAAGCAACAACUGAAAUGGGCGAAGCCAAAGAGUUUGUGCUCUACCUCAACCAAGCUGAGGAACUGCAGCUGGUGACCCCUAAGUCCAAACCCAUUCAAGUCACCAUCCAGCCCUCCUCAUUUGAGAUCUUCAGCUUCGUGCCGCUGAAGAAGCUCGGUCCUGUCGCUAAGUUUGCCCCGAUCGGGCUAACGAACAUGUUCAACAGCGGAGGAACCCUGCAGGGACUGGAAUUCAGUGAAGGUGGAGAUGGGGUUGCCUCAAGAAUCAAAGUGAAGGGAGGCGGGAAGUUCUUGGCAUAUGCAAGUUGUAUGCCCAAGAAGUGCAGUUUGAAUGGCGUGGAGGCGAGCUGCGAGUGGUCAGCCGAUGGCAGACUUGCCCUGCAGCUUCCUUGGAUUGAGGAGGCUUCUGGUAUUUCUGAUAUCUGUUUCCUCUUUUGAACGUGAUCUUGUGUUUCUAUGAAGUCGGAUGUUUACACUCCUAAGUUUGAAUUAUUGGGAGUGACUGUUUUUUUCCCUUCAGUCCUCUUUUCUGCAGUGUUUCAAGAAUUAAUCUUCUGUUUAUUUUGCCCAUUUUUCAUUUCAAUGCCUUUGGUUUUAAAAUUA